AUGGUAAAUGGUGAUGUAUUUGAGGAUGUAACUGAGGGUUUAGUUGAUGGUGUAGCAGAUAGCGGUAAUCCUGAUUGCGUAACUGUAGAUUUAGUUGGUGGUGUAUCAGUUGGCAAAGCUGGUGAUUUAGCAAAUGGGGGCUCAUCUGAUGGUAAAACUGAGGGUGUUAGUGGUGGUGCAUCAGAUGGCAAAGCUGGUGGUAUAGCAGAUGAGGGCUCAUCUGAUGGUAAAACUGAGGGUGUUAGUGGUGGUGCAUCAGAUGGCAAAGCUGGUGGUAUAGCAGACGGAGGCACAUCUGUUGGUGAAACUGAGGGCGUUAGAGGUGUUGUAUCAGAUGGCAAAGCUGGUGGUAUAACAGAUGGAGGCACAUCUGUUGGUGAAACUGAGGGAUUUUCUGAUGAAAAUAUACAAGUAAAGAAGUUGCCCGCGACAGGAUCUGAGAGAUUGUAG